AUGACUUCUGAUUCCUACAUUAACAUCCUACAAGAAAACCUGGAAGUGUCUCUCAUCAAGACGGGCAUUGAAGAGAAAUUCAUCUUCCAGCAGGAUAAUGACCCGAAACACACAGCGAACAAAACGAAGGCCUUCUUCCGUUUAUGUAAGAUUAAACCGAUGGAAUGGCCUCCGCAAAGCCCAGACCUCAACCCCAUCGAGAAUUUCACUGGCAACAGUAAAGUUCACACACCACCCUCCCUAACCACCAAGCUCUUCCCUUUCUUUCUUCCCGCACCGAUCGUCCCGGUGCGCAGGCGGUCGCAGGGUCGACGGAAACCGUUCUUCGAAAAGUUCGGCACACUGCUCAAGCAACGGUCGGAUGCGUUUCUGCUACACGUAAACAAUCCCGUGCCACCACACAGCGAAGAGUCGGAUGCUGCUAGCGGUGGUACAGCUGGACUGGCGGCCGCCACCAACGCUAACAUCCCUCUGGGCCCGGCAGGGCUUCCACCGAUCGUCGCCAACGGAGAUGUCUCACCGGGCAGAGCGGGCGAUGCUGAGAACUAUGUUGAGAUACUGUACGAGAAAGUGCUGCACGAAAUCAAACAGGGCAACAUUAUCGACCGCCAGAAGAAACUCACGCAAAAAAGCCUCUAUGCCUACAUCCAGGAAGCAUUCGGUGUGGACGAAACGAGACAUGCCGUGCUGGAGCAGCGCGUCGACACCAUGCUCGCCCAGGACAUCUAUCUGCGGGUGGAAAUCAUGGAGGCAAAGCUGAACGGACCACCGGAAGGACCCGAACAGCUACUGCCGAACGCGUUCGUGAUCGUGUAUCUGCAGGAGAAACCGCGCGAAACACAUCGUACCGCAACGAUACCGAGCACGCUCAAUCCUUCGUGGAAUCAGCAGUUUCCUGUAGCUGUGAAGCAAGACACAAAGGAAACGCUUAUAAUCGAAGUGUUCAACAACUCGAACAAUCCGAACAAAUUUCUGCGAGCGCUACGAAUUGCAAGGAAGUAUCUGCUGUCGCUGUUCAAUCCGGUUGCUUCGCACGCGAAAAUGAUUGGCCGUGCGAGCAUUCCGUUGGAGUCCAUUACAUCGACGGGAUUGGUAUCGUGGUACAAUCUGGCGAAGAAGAAAAAACCCGACCCGCAGGGCACAAUUAAGGUGAAAUUCUUCUUCACCUCCAAGCUGGAAAAAGCAACCGCCAAGCACGAGUAUGAACAGAUGUUACGCUGCAUCCUCGAGUAUGAGCUGCGUAGCUCGAGUGUGGCCCGUUACUGGUGGGCCGGUAAGCUAACGAGCGAAGGUGAAGCCAUCCUGCAACAGUACACCAAAUGUGCCAAUCUGAAUGCCAUCGAACAGACGCUUAUUGCAUGGUUUGUGUACACGCAAGUGCACCUAACCUAUCCACUGUCGAUCAGUUUGCUCGAGAGUGUGCUGGAUAAGCUAUGCGUGGGGUACGAUGUGGCCCUUACAUCGGAUGAAGAGCGGGAACGGUUUUGGGAAGGUGCGCGACGCAUCCUACCCUCCUGUCUGUCGAUCAUUGUGAAGAUGCGCAAACGAUUGGCCGGUGAUAAGGAUAUUGUUAAGACGGUUAGCUCUGUACUUCAAUUGCUGGCAAAGGCAGACCACCUUGCAACGCGGAAAGGAGCUAACCUAUUUUCCGACGCUACCGUGCGCACUCUGAAGCAGAUGGCCCUGGACUGUACGAAACAUUCCACCAUGAAGGAAGCAACAGUGUUGGCAGUGCAGCUAGGCGCAAGGACCUGGUUCGAGACAUCGCUUUCGACCGCCAUUGAAGGCAGUCAGACGAACGAAGACAAACUCCGUUCGUUGAUCAAGUUCGUGCAGCUACUACAGUCCGAUCUGCUGCGUGCCAAGACGUACUACGAUGGAGUCUUCAAGAGCGUAAUGGACAUUGACUAUAGUCGAGAGAUUUGCAUCCAACACGAGGCACGCAUCGUUUCCCAUCUCCGUCCGAUCGUCCAGACCAUAUGCAACGGUUUCAAGAAGAUUACACUCCGGAUGGAACAGCUUGAGCGUCGUGCCGAGAUGGAAAGUCUCGACAUGAGUUCCACACUGUUCGAGCUGUACCUUAUACUGAAGCUGUUUCUGCAGCAAACGGACACGGUCGUACAGUGUGCCCACAAUCCGUACAUUGUCGAGUUUCACCAGUGGUUCCGGGGUGGUAUCGUGUACUAUCUGGAUGUGUUUGCGAUCAAGACGAUUUCACGCGUAGUUACCGUGCUGGAGGAGGAUGAUUUGCGUACGGUUGGAACAGUAUCGACGACGAUGACGACGACGACGACAAACGACCGGCCAAAGUAUUCUUCCUCUACUGGUGAGAUAUUGGAGAUCAUAUCACAGAUCAAGAUCUUCUGGGAUCAGCUAGCGUGGCCGGAUAAGGAUGAAAUGAAGAAGUUCCUGAAGCGGAGCAUUGGUGACAUCUGUAGCUGUUGCAUUUUCUAUGCCGAUCGUCUCUUGUCUAAGGUGAAAACCUUGGAAGGAUCAUCUACCAGCACCUCGGGAGGAUUAAAUGCAGCCCAGCUAGCUACACUAGAACGCUCACUUAUGGUACUUUCGAACGUCAGCAUUCUUAUCGAGACGCUAGCGCGACUACCCCAAGAACUGGGAUACAGUCAAACACGUGCAGGAGGUGAUAGCGCUUCUUCGACCGAUACUUCGGAUAAGCCUCGAAAAACUUCCCUCGAACAGCUGAUGGCUGACGAGAUGUUACCGAUCGAGGGUUUGUCGAGCUGGCGGCAAAAGUGUGUCCGCUACAUUGCCGAACACGUGACACAGACCACGCGAAGUCUCGUCGUUGCCUGCGGUGAAGUGACUAUGAACGGUGGGAGUCCUAACGGAACUGGGGCCAGUCUUGCGGGAGGAUUCUUUUCCAGCAAAUCACACCCAUCGCCGGUGGAGAAUGUUGAAAAGUUACGACAUUGGAUCGUACAAUCGGCGGUCUUGCUUAAGGAUGGACUAACGGAAGUGGACCUGCACGCCGUGGAGCAGGAUCUUUGGACAGCUCUCGAGACAACGAUGGAUGAAAUCAUUAAAAAGCUUCUAGAGAAAAAGGACUCACUGGCAACGUUCCAACGGUUGCGGAAUUGUUACGAACAGCUCACCCAACACUACUUUCGCACACUAAGCGAAACGAUCGCUUGUUCCACGAUCGGUGAACGGUUGGAAACGUUUAGCUGCACCACCAACGAACUUAUCCACCGGUACUAUCUCGAGCGUGUCCGGCAACAGGAACUGCUGGAAGAACCGGAAAAUGGACAGCUAACCGUGCGCUGUUGGUUCCAACCGGAUGGGCUACAGAUUAAGGUACUGCGAGCCGAGCAGCUACGGUUGCCGAAGGACUACAAACACUCGUGCGACAGUUACGUGAAGAUUAACGUACUGCCACCGGAUCAGUUCGGCCCACCGGCAUUGCCCGAGCUAAAGACGAAGACUAAAUCAAAGAACUUUUCACCCAUCUACAACGAAUCGUUUACACUAAAAAUUAACCCUGUCCAACAUUCCCUGAAGGACGCACUGCUCAUGCUAAACGUGAAGGUGUCCGAGCUGCUUGGACUCAGCCAGAAGCAUAUAGGGGAAUGUUUUCUACGUCUCGAUGCCAUUCCGGUGGUACGCGAUGCGAGUGAAGCACACGAGAUCGCACCCAUCACCAUUCCACUUAGCCUUCCAUUUACGAUCGCUUCCUACUCCGUAACGGCACUCGAAAAUCGCAACCAUGACAAAACAGCGGCACAGUUUUUGAAAAAGUUGAAGCAAAAAAUGGGCAUCGCACCGUACACGAUGAGUACGCUUAGUCUGUGA